CAUCAACCUUCAAAGAGUCUCCCCACAUCAGCUCCACAGCCACCAGCCCCAACGUGAAGAUGACUCCCACUGCUAGUCUGCUGCUGCUGCUCCUGCUGGGGUUCUCAGAAGCAUAUCCUCUCGUUGAUGAAGGAAGCGAAGCAAAUGACCAAAUGGACGAAGAUGACAGCAUCGAUAUCAGCACCAGGAUUCUGAACUCCAACAACGGCUCCAAUGAGAUGCUGCUGCAAGGAGACGUGUUGGUUCCCACUACCAGAAAUGCAAUGAAGUGCUUUUACCAGCAGUGCCUCUGGAAGAAAGCCUCCAACGGCUUGGUGACGAUUCCCUUCGUCAUCAGCAAUGAGUUCACCGGCGCAGAGACGCAGGUCAUCGACAGAGGCUUGAAGUCCUUCCACACAGGCACCUGCAUCCGCUUUGUCCCCCGUAGCAACGAGAACGACCACAUAAGCAUCGAGAGCAGAGGCGGAUGCUUCUCUUCUAUGGGCAGAACAGGUGGCAGACAGGUAGUCUCUCUCAACAGACAGGGCUGCGUCUACUAUGGCAUCGUCCAGCACGAGGUCAACCACGCUCUGGGCUUCAAUCACGAGCAGACCAGGAGCGACCGUGAUAGCUACGUUCGGAUCAACUGGGAGAACAUCAACCCUCAGAAUGCCUACAACUUCCAGAAGGAGGACACCAACAACCUGAACACUCCCUACGACUACUCCUCCAUCAUGCACUAUGGAAAAAACGCCUUUUCUAUCAAUGGAAGGGACUCCAUCACUCCCAUCCCCAACGCAAACGCCCAGAUCGGCCAGAGGAACGAAAUGUCCUAUUGGGAUAUCAAGAGGAUCAACCUCCUUUAUGGGUGCUAACAACAAAGCUUCCUGUCCGUUCUGAUCCAAAGUUAUCAACCAGCAAAACAAUCGAAAUGUUUUCCAGUAAUCUGUACUUCAUCAAAAACAACAAGAACCUGCGAUCAUUUGCAACUAUAGAUUUCACUUCCUGUGACAGUAUUCUUUCCCUCAUGCCGACAAUACCUGUAAAAACGUCAGCACAAACUAAGUCAAAAUAAAGUUUAAUAGCAGCAUU